AUUGCACCUUGCACCUGAUAGCAAGCAGUAGGCACCAGUACAACCAUGGAGGACAACAACAGGAACAACGCUGCGAACGAUUUUCCACCCCCCUAUGACCAGACGUACCCUCAGAAGCAGCUGGGCGCCAUUCCGCCGGGAGCACCCAUUCCACCAGGGGGCCCUGCGCCACCAGGUGCUUACAUGCAACCGGGUGCUUACGGCCAGCCCGAUCCGCUGCAGGGAUACGGUUACCCUGGCAACUAUGGCACCGGACAGACGGUCUACACGACGACGGGUUAUCCCGCACAGACAAUGCAACCGGCGCCUGGUGUUAUCAUCGUUCAGCAGGACAUACCCCCAACGUACAUGAUAAUGUCCAUCUUCUCCUGCCUAUUCUGCUGCUGGGUAACAGGCCUCGUCGCCAUCUUCUAUUCCUCAAAGGUUACCACCUACGCACUCCUAGGCAACUGGGAGCUAGCACAAGAAACGUCGAAUAACGCAAAAAUGUGGAAAUAUAGUCAGCAUCACUGCCCGGAACGAUCAUAUUCUCCACAACCCUGAUAACGAUUCUUGUCCUGCCUAACCAGGAGACAUGCUCACCAUGAUAGCCUUAUUGACCCCCAGCUGAACCAAUCAAAUCGAGGAAGGGAGAGAAUUCCAAUACGGACUGACAGAAACAAAAGAAGCUAAACUGAAAGCAGAUCCUUCACAGUGGUUAUCAAGAGUACAAAAUAGAGAUCUCUAUUAAUUCUAGAGGUCUAUAUCUAUCGAUUAUAGAGAUCUCUAUUAGAUCUAGAGGUCUAUAUCUAUCGAUUAUAGAGAUCUCUAUUAGAUCUAGAGGUCUAUAUCUAUCGAUUAUAGCUAUCUCUAUUAGAUCUAGAGGUCUGUAUCUUUCGAUUAUAGAGAUCCGUAUUACAGUCUCUCAGUCGUUAUCUAGCUGGCCUCGGUUUGAUUACGGACCACUUGUUGUUUAUUCACUCAGCCGGCAAUAGAGAUCCGGUUGAGAGAUAACGUAGAUAGAGUUGUGUCAGUUCCUUGUACGAGCUGAGCCCUUGCCCCACACUGAGAGAAACGACAAGCACCGAGAGGCAAGCUAAGCUACCGUCGACCAGGAUCUACGACUGUUUCACGUCGUAGGAACGUGAAGUUACCUUCUCGCCACGUAGUGAGAAGCGAGAAGGUAUAGCUUGCAAGCGGCUAAGCUACCGCAUACAAUGACUGAGGGAUGAUGAAGCAGACACAGAUAUUCUAGCAGUAACGCUGAGAGGGUCUAUGUCCCCCAGGGUACUGCCGGAAUGUACCCUAGGUAUGGUCCGGUAUACCGGAAC